UCUCUGAAGUCUAUCUCACUUCUGCAGACAGACAGAUCUUAGAGCUUGAAACUGAAUCCGGCGGCUCCUUUAAGAAUUAGGGAUCUUGGAGUGACGCGGCAAUGAAAUCCAGUUGAUCCUUCUCUCGCUUUGCGACGCAAGUAUUUGUGCCACCGCAAAGUAGCUGGCGCUGGAGAUCCGUGACGUUCGCGAUUUGUUCAGCGUUGCGCGUGAAUGUGGGGAAAGAAAUGACUCGCUGCCUUUGAUCCUGUUUUGAACAUCUGUUACUCUUGUAACUUGGGAUAACUUUUCAGCCCAAUAGAGGGGAGCGCUAGGAGAGCUGAACAUGGACUGGGGCACUGAGCUUUGGGACCAGUGUGACAUCAUUGAUAAACACACACAAUCUGGGCUGGACCUGGUGGACAAAUACGUGAAGUUUGUAAAGGAGCGAACAGAAAUCGAACAGAAUUACGCCAAGCAGCUGAGGAAUCUAACCAAGAAAUACAGCCCUAAACGAGGCAGCAAAGAAGAGCAGGAAUGCAGGUUCUCCAAUCACCAGGCCUUUCUGGACAUCCUGAAUGAGAUGAACGACUAUGCGGGCCAGAGGGAGCUGAUCGCUGAGAACAUGAUGAUCAAUAUCUGCAUCGAGCUCACAAAGUACCUGCAGGAGCUCAAACAGGAGCGCAAGACGCAUCUGUUAGAAGCCAAGAAAGCACAGCAGUCUCUGGAGGGCACCUUCAAGCAGCUUGACAACAGUAAGAAGCGAUUUGAGAGGGAGUGGAGAGAAGCAGAGAAGGCGGCUCAACAUGCAGAGAAAACCGAUCAGGACCUCAAUGCCACCAAAGCCGAUGUGGAAAAGGCCAAACAGCAGGCGCAUAUGCGAACGCACAUAGCAGAGGAGUGUAAAAACGACUACGCUUUACAACUUCAGAAGUACAACAAAGAACAGAAUCAGUUCUACUUCACGGAGAUGCCUCUUAUUUUCAAUAGGCUGCAGGACAUGGAUGAACGGCGUAUCAAAAUGUUGUCGCAAGGUUACAUCCUAUUUGCAGACACUGAGCGUCACGUCAUGCCCAUCAUCGGGAAGUGUCUGGAGGGCAUAUCCAGAGCUGGCACGAAUGUCAACGAGAGGAAUGACUCUUUGGUUCUUAUAGAGCAACACAAGUCUGGCUUUGAGAGACCAGGAGAUGUGGAGUUUGAGGAUUACAGUCAGGGCAUCAAUCGGGCCUCCUCGGACAGCAGCCUGAGCACUCCUAAAGGUCCUCUAGAGUUGCUCAGCAAGAACAAGAAUAAAACAUUCCGGUUGUUCAAUAAGAAGAGCAAGCUGCCCUCAUCUUCACCCAGUCCUUUAUCCACACCCCCCAACCCCUCGCCCGCUAACGGACCCCCCUCCCCCAAGUUUGGCCGGGAUCCCCUGUCGUACUGUUUGAAGGAAAUCAAUAAGACAGUUAAACCCCGAAUCUCUUCCUUCCGGACCCUCAAGAAAACGCCUGUGGACACCGAGGGCUUCACCCAUCUUCCUCCUGAGCAGCGCAGGAAACGCUUGCAGCAGAAGAUCGAUGACAUCAGCAAGGAGCUGCAGAAGGAGACUGAUCAGAGUGAGGCUCUGGAUAAAAUGAAAGAUGUCUAUGAAAAGAACCCUCAGAUGGGGGAUCCUGCCAGUUUGGCACCUCAGAUCACUCAGACGGCACAAAACAUGGAGAGACUGAGAGGAGAACUCAACAAAUAUGAGUCCUGGCUCGCAGAAGCAGGGGGCCGAGGAGACUCGAUACGAUACUCGACACACUCUCUGAACAAUAACGGUGCUCCUAACCCCAGCAGUCCUGAAGCUAUCUCAGAUGACACCGAAUCUUCCCAGGUCAUCUACACUGAAUUUGAUGAUGACUUUGAGGAAGAGGAACUGGCUGCACCUAUUGGUCAAUGCACAGCACUCUACAAUUUCCCAGGCUCCAGUGAGGGAACCAUCUCCAUGCAGGAAGGGGAGGUGCUGUCUGUAGUGGAAGAGGAUAAGGGAGACGGAUGGACGCGAGUGCGCCGGAACAACGGGGAUGAGGGCUAUAUCCCAACUUCUUAUGCUACCAUCACUCUUAAUAAUUGACCUCAUUCCCUUUCCACUCGCUGCAGCAGAGAUGCACUAUACCAAACACUAUUACCACUUGUGUCUCACCAUGACUUGCUGCACCUCUUAGAGGGAUAAUUUAAGGGGGAAUCACUGCACAUUGGGCAAAUACACUCCUCCUCUAAGGAUGAAUGCGUAUCUCAGGGUGUGUAUUAUGUGAGUAAAUGAGGUAGAGAAGGUUGGAAUCAUUUUUCUCCUUAUUAUGCAUGAAAAACAAUGCAGCAGGAUGCCAUGUAAAUGCAGCUAUUGCCCAACAGACACAUUGGUGACUCUGAUGGUGACUUUUAAUAGCAGUCUGUCAACAGAGCUGAGAUAUUUUGUCUGACCGUGAUCCACUCAACAUGUCCUUCAGCAAGAUCUUCCAUCUGCAACUUGAUGAUGUGAUUCUGCGUCUGGAGUGAAAAGCGUAACUAUCUCCGCUGGCAGAAAUCCAGCAGCGUUUUAACUUGAAGUAUUUGCUUUGAUGAUCCGAGUGGCCAAAAAUUAUGUUUUACAGCAGUAAGUGUUGCAUAUGCUUUCUUAAAUGUGCAGUAACAAGAAUACCACGUCUAAGAGUGAAUAAGAUCUAACAUUUUUGUUUUUAGAAAAUACUGAGCUCCCAAGUAAUAAGUAACUCCUCUUUUUUUUCUUUCUUUUUUUUAUAUUUUUAAGACUGUUACACAAAUACACAAGUUAACAUACACAGCAAAAUUAUGACAAUCAGAGUGUCACUCAGCAGAAAAAGCCUCACUUCUCAAAUCUAAGAAUAUGUAGUACGAUAAAUAGUUUGUUGAAAUAAAAAUAUAAUUUAUUAAGUAUAUAAAUAGGUGUUUGUAUAAUAAACAAGUUAUCACAUUUAUAUAAGAGUUGACUGCACAAAUUUCUUUUUCAGAUAGAUCACAAUGCACCGUGUACUCACAGUUAAGAAAAACUAUUUUAGGUGACAAAAGCAAAUUUAGGAGUUUCAUAUAUAGAUAUAUGAAAUAAUAUAUUUUAGGCAUCACAGCACCACUAUUGUCUUAAUAGCUUUCUGUUCUUGAUUAAAGGUUGUAUAGUUAAUAGAUUUUUAAAAGCAAGGGUUCGAGCCUCUGUGUUCAGCAUUUGUUUUGUUUGUCUUGGAACAAGUCCAAGGCAGAACUGUUAAUGUUUGGCUAAGUCAAGGUGCCUUCAACUUUGUGUAUGUACCAUAUUCAGAAUACGCUAUUUUAAUGAUUGUCUUUAUUGAUAAAUGUCCAAGUUGACAA